UGUGCAGGUUUUGUGUAGAAUAUGCAAAAAAAUAUAUGAUUUUUUUUUUUUUUGUAUUGUUUUUGUUUUGAUCUCUGCCACCAUAUAACACCAAGAACCUUAUAAAUAACAGAGGCCAAAAUGGAUAGUAACGGGGUAGAGAGCUAGAAGAAGACAUGUCAAGUAUAAGAUUCCAAGUUUAUUUUUUGUUGGCUCUGUGUGCCGUACUCGUCAUCCCAAAGAGCACCAAGGCUCAUCCUCAUCCAGAAGAGUUUCAGAAUCAUGUUGCCUUAUUUGUGUUUGGGGAUUCACUGUUUGAUGUUGGCAACAAUAACUACCUCAAAAACCCAAUUGGUCUGGCUAAUUUCUGGCCUUAUGGUGAAACAUUCUUCAACCAUCCUACUGGCAGGUUUUGUGAUGGUAGACUAAUUUCAGAUUUUCUAGCCGAGUAUUUAAAGUUGCCGUUGAUUCUACCAUAUCUUCAGCCUGGUGUUCAUCAAUUUACAAAUGGAGUGAACUUUGCUUCAGGAGGAGCUGGUGCUUUAGUUGAAACUCAUGAAGGAAGGGUGGUAGACCUUAAAACUCAAGUUCUAUAUUUGAAGAAUGUGAAGAAACAGAUAAGCAAGCAAAUAGGUGAUGAAGAAACUAAGACAUUAUUGUCCAAAGCAAUUUACUUAAUUAGCAUUGGAGGCAAUGAAUAUUUAGCACCUUCACAUGUGUUUAAAUCCUUCUCCAGAGAAGACUAUGUAAGGAUGGUAAUUGGCAACCUGACAUCUGUUAUCAAAGAUAUCUACAAAAUUGGUGGAAGGAAAUUUGUAUUUGUAGGUAUGGGAUCUUUUGAUUGUUCACCAAACAUAAAAUUACUUAAUCAGGAAAAAGGCAGUUGCAAUAAAGAAAUGACAGCUCUGCUAAAAAUACACAACACAGAGCUUCCUAAUACCCUGGAAGAGAUACAGGAUCAACUGAAGGAGUUUCAAUAUGUAUUUUUCGAUUUCUACAAUACAUUACUUGAAAGAAUUAAUAACCCUUCAAAAUUUGGUUUCAAGGAGGCAAAUGUAGCAUGUUGUGGAGCUGGUUUAUAUAGAGGAAUUCUAUCAAGCUGUGGAUUGGUAAAAGGGUAUGAAGUAUGUGAUGAUGUGAGUGAUUAUGUCUUCUUUGAUUCUGUUCACUCUACUGAGAAGACAUAUAAACAACUUGCUAAGCUAAUAUGGACUGGAGGUCAUAAUGUCAGCAAGCCUUGCAAUCUUAAAACAAUGGUUGAGGCAUAGUUGAAACUAGCUUUUGUAAACCAAUGGGUAGUAUUCCAAUUUGUAAGUAUACAACAAGUGGAAGCUUAUACGCUAUAAUGAUAACAUAAAUGAUCAUUGAGUUCUGCAA